AAAAGAAAGAAUUUAAAUAUUUCUAGUAGAUUUAUGUAAUUUACAAUAACUUUUUUUUGUAAGUAGAGCGGUUUAAGAAUCAGAGAUAGACUAAAAACAAAAUAAUGCAGGGAUGAAAAACAAAAAAAAAAUGUGCAGAGACUUAAAACAAAUUGUGUCAUAUUUGCAAGGAUUAAAAACGUAUUUAAACCAUUAUUGUAUUAUCAACGAGCAGCCCAAUAUUCUCAAUGGGCCACGAGACAUGCACCCCUAUCAAUGGAGAGCUUGCUGAAUAGGCUGCCUCACAAUCUCAUGAGCGUCCUUUCAAGUGACCAAAUUAUCAACUAAACCCAGGCUUUCCCUUUGCUAGAGACAUGCAUGCAGUUGAAGAGUCCCAAUUCCCCAAGAGUAAAACGGGGCUAGCUAGUAACAAAAGGCCAAACACUGCGUAAAGAGAAGUGGAAAAGUUACACUUGGUAUUCUACAAGAAAGCGUUAUAAAAACGUGAGGCACAUCUAGACACUCAAUUUAUUAUUACAGCUACAAACUACAUACGCAGAAUUUAGAAAUGGCUCCUCCCAAGAGAACCUACACAGCCAUGUUUGUGUGUUUUUACGUGUCAUCCUUCAUCUUUCAAUCCCAUAGUUCCUUAGACAUAGGACCUCAUCCUUCGGGGGUGUUUCCAACAGGCAGCGAUUCGGACGACAGAGUUAGCGUAUCGCUGUACUAUGAAUCUCUUUGUCCAUACUGUGCAAACUUCAUUGUCAAUAAGCUAGUGAAGCUGUUUACCACAGAUCUUGGGACUAUUGUCAAUCUCAGGCUCAUCCCUUGGGGAAACACCCAGACAGCCCCUAACAAUGGCUGGAUUUGCCAGCAUGGCCCUGAUGAGUGUCUGCUCAAUCUAGUGGAAGCAUGUGCUAUCAGUUCAUGGAGUAAUCUGGAAAUCAUGCAAUUCAGGUUUGUAUAUUGCAUAGAGCUUUUGCAUCUGGAGAACAGGCACAGUGACUGGAAAUCUUGCUUUGCUGCUACAGGAUUGAGUGAAAUUCCAGUUAGGGAUUGCUUCAACAAUGGAGUUGGAAUCCUGAUAGAACAGGGAUAUGCAGCUGAGACAGCUAGUCUGAACCCCACUCACAGGUUUGUGCCAUGGGUUCUGGUGAAUAAUCAGCCUCUUCAAGAAGAUUAUGAAAACUUUGAAGCAUAUAUCUGCAGCGCGUAUAAGGGAAGCAGAACCCCGCAGGCUUGCAGCCAGCAGGCAUUAUCAGUGGGGGGCAAUAUCAAAACAUCAAGCAUCACCCCUUCUGGAUUCUGUCUUCGAGAAUGACAU